CAUGGUCAAAACACACAAAUCCGCGCUCUCGGGAGGGAGGUUGCUCCAUACGCGAUUGACUCAGUUGUUGACCUAGGUUUAAAGGUUUAUAUAUUUUUUAAUACCAGUUGCUUCGGCACUCGCCGAAGAACAUGUAGUGUGAAGUGUUGGGUACUGUGACAGUGCUAACAAUGUCAGCGACACUCACCCGAAUCGUCGACACUUUAGUCGAUUCAUCAGGAUCCUCAGAUCCCCGGAUGAAUCGAUUUCUGAUGAAGUCACCCUUGCAAGUCAUCAGCAUCGUAGCCCUCUACCUCACCCUAAUCUUCAAAAUCGGCCCCAUUUUCAUGAAAAACAGAAAACCGUUUUCUUUGAGAACGACGAUAAUCGCUUAUAACGUGAUACAGAUUGUUUUAAAUGCAGCGAUUUUUCUGAAAAUUUUUCCGCUGAGGAGCAAUUUGAGUCUUCUUUGUACACCACCUGAUACGUCAAACAGUGAUACAAACUUGUUAGAAAUAGAAGGGCAUUAUUAUUAUAUUUUACUAAAGUAUUUUGAUCUAGUCGAAACUUUGUUUUAUGUUCUUCGUAAAAAAGACCGCCAGAUUUCAUUUUUGCACGUUUAUCACCACAUAGGAAUUCUGGCGGCGGCAUGGAUUUCCGGCAAGUACUUCCCAGGGGGUCAAGCUAUGUACGUAGCUAUGUACAACACGGUGAUACAUGGAAUUAUGUAUUGCUACUAUUUAAUGUCGUCUUGGGGCGGUGGCACCGGAGGAUUUUUGUGGUGGAAGAAAUAUGUGACGGCUUUGCAAAUAAUCCAGCACUGUUUAAUCUUCAUAAGCGUUUUCCCUUCUGUGGUGAACAUGAAUUGCUCGUAUCCAAAAGGGUGGAUGGCGGCGUUUUCUGUUAAUGUUAUUGUGAUCAUUUACCUCUUUGGCAAAUUUUACAAAGAGACAUAUUUGACAAAAGCAAAACAAAAAUAAUUACUUUUUGUUAAUAAAAUUAAUUAUCUUUUUUUAUUCA